AUGUCUAUUUUUAUAUCACAUGUUUUUCUAGAGAACAACACAUAUUUAAUACAACCUCAUACUACACACACAAAACACACACAUAAUAUUAACAAAAAAAAAAAAAAAAAAAAAAAAUUGGAGUUCCAAAUAACACCAAACCAACCCACCGAAUCACCAACGGAUACUAAAACACUACCACCACAACCAUCAACCCAAUCUUCAUCACCAAUUAUACAACCAAUUCAAUCAUUUCAAUACAAUCAAAAUCAGCAAACACAACAGACACAACAACAACAAUUGCAUAAUGAUAAUAGUUUACUAAAUUUAAUUUCAAAUUUUUUAAAUAGUGUCCCAUUACCAAUUUCAAAUGGAUUACCAUAUAAUCAAUAUCAUUUAUAUUUUAUUGAAAAGAUAGUUGAAAUGUGGAUUCAAAUUAAAAUUACAACUUCACCAGGAUGGUCUCCAUCUAUUAUUCAAUUUGAAAAAUCAAAUUUAUUGAAUGCUUGUAAAAAUGUAUUAUUCAAUUAUCCAGAUGUCAUUAACCGUUUCAUUUCUCAAAGAUACUCUAGUGAAAUUGAUUAUUUAAAUUCAAAACUUAAAGAAACUUUAAAUAUUAUUAAUAAUCAAAAUCAAAAUCAUAAUAAUAAUAAUAAUAAUAAUUUUGAUGAUAACCAACAAAAAAGUGAACCAUCAUCACCUUCAGUUUUACCAACUCCAAUUGAAUCAAGUACACAAUAUUAUAGACAUGAAUAUAAUAGAAUUCAAUCAAACUACAUUACUGUGUUUGAACAAUUUCAACAGUUUAGUUUCUAUUCACCAACUUCAAACUAUACUAUAUCCAGUACUUCCUCUUCAAGUAGAACAAUUUCACCACAACCAUUUUUAAAUAAUAGUUGUCUUAAUGACAAUAGCACCCUCAAUAGUGAAAAUGUUAAUAAUAAUAAUAAUAAUAAUAAUAAUAAUAAUUAUAAUAAUAACUACAAUAAUAAUAAUUAUAAUAGUAAUAGUAAUAAUAAUAAUAGUAAUUAUAAUAAUAGUUUUAUUAAUAAUAAUAAUAUUAAUAAUUAUAAAUUAGAAAAUAAUCAACCAAGAGCAAAAAGAGCAUAUGAUAAAAAGAAAAUCAAAGAGGAAAUUGAAAAUAGUUCAGAUGAAAAAAAGAAAAAAAAUUUUGAAAUUAAAGGAGAAAAUGAGAUUUUGGAGAAAAUUGAUAUUAAUACAUUGGAGAAGAAACCAUACCAAGAUAUCUAUAGAGUUGCAAAGAGUUUAGGUGUACCAAGAUGUAAAAAAGAGGAGUUAAUACAAAAGAUUAAAUAUUUAAUCUGUAAAAAUAAAUUAAUAAACAAUAACAUUAAUAAUAAUAAUAAUAAUAAUAAUAAUAAUAAUAAUAAUAAUAAUAAUAAUAAUAAUAAUAAUAAUAAUAAUAAUAAUAAAAAUGAUAAUAAAAAGGUUGACAACCAAUUGGUUAAUACUUCAAAGCAAUCACAACUUCAACCAAUACCACCACAACCACCACAACCACAACCACCACCACAACCACAAUUACAAUUACAAUUACAACAAAAACAAUAUAAAGAUCAAAUAAAAAGAAAUAAUAAUCAUCAACAAAUUUUAAUAAGACAAAGAAAUUCAAAUUUACAUAACCCAACAAAGAAUCUACCAAUUUCUAAUAUAUCGAAGAAUGAAAGUUUAUGGUGGUUAGUUUUUAAGAAUAGAGAAAUUAAUAGUAGGAUAUUCUCAUUUAUGCAAGUCGAAGCUCAUAACUAUCAUGAAUUGAAUAGAGUUGAAUGGAUGAUUGUAAAUAAUCAUAAACAAUUAUUAAUUGAUAAAGUUUUAAAGAAUCAAUAUUUAAUAUUCCCUCAAGCUUCAAAUUUUAAUGAUAUCUUUUCAAUGAUUUUUAAAUUUAUAAAUCAAGAUAAUAAUAAUAGUAAUAAUAAUAAUAAUAAUAAUAAUAAUAAUAAUAAUAAUAAUAAUAAUAAUAAUAAUAAUACUAAUAAUAAUAACAAUAAUAAUAAUAAUAGUAUUGAUUAUAAAGUAUUUUAUAAAAGUUUAUUUAAAAACUAUUCAAAUUAUAUUCAAAAUAUAAAUACAAAAGCAUUCUAUGCAUUACAAUUUAAAAAUUUAAUGGCAGUUCAAGUAUUAAUUGAAGAUUAUAAUUUCAUUCCAAAUAUUGAAAUGUUUAAUCAUUUUUUAAAACAAUCUUCAUUUAAAGUAAUUCAAUUCCUUUUGAAAGUUUUAUUACAAUUUCAACAACAGGAACAAGAACAACAACAACAACAACAACAACAACAACAACAACCAAAUAAUACAUCUAUUCAAUUACAAAAGAUAUUUGAUAAAAAUGAAAUUUGGAAACAUUUAUAUGAUCAACAUAUUAAUAGUUUACCAGUAUCAUCAUCAACAUCAUCUUCAUCAUUACCAUAUUCAUCAACAAAUUUAUUAUCAAAUUCAUUAAUUUCAUCAAUGGAAAUUCCAACUAUUAAAAAAAGAUAUAAAGUUAUAAAUUAUUUAAUUUCAACAUUAGAAUUAAAAUCACCAAUAUUAUCAAGACAACAAAUUAAUAAUUUAUUUAAAAUAUGUCCAAUUGAACAACAAUUUAAAUUAAAACAUUUAAUUCAAUCUUGUAAUACAAUUUUUAAUUUAAAACAUUCAAGUAAUGAAAAUUCAAAAUCAUUUUUAUCAUCAUCAACAUUAUCAUCAUCAUCAUCAUCAUCAACAUCAAUAUCAACAUCAAUUCCCAUAGGAAUUAAUAGUUUUGAAGAUUUACAAGAUAUAAUUUCUCAAUUUAAUCAAGAUCAAUUAACUAUAAGAUUGGAUGAAUUUGAAAAUGAAUUUGAAAAAUCAUUAAUUCAAAAGAUGUUAUUAUUUUUUUUCAAUUCUAAUAAUCAAGAGAAAUCAUUAAGAUAUAUUUUACAUUUUCAAUCUGAUCAUUAUAAUUCAUUAGAUUCAAUCAAACAAUUUGAAUCACCCUCAGAUAUUUUAGCAUUAGAGUAUGGUAAUUUUGAACUUUUAAAAAGGUAUUUCGAUUAUAAAAUUAAGAAUGAAAGUUUAAUGAUUGAAAAUUUAGUUCAUAAUAAUUGUUUUAUUAAUAAUAUAAUUGAUUAUGAUGGUAAUGCUAUCGAUAAUAUCAGUACAGAUAUUGGUCUUCCAACAACAACGACAACAAAAACAACAACAACGACAAUGAAAUAUAAAUUAUUUAAAUAUUGUAAAUCAAAAGAAAAACAAAUUAAAUUUUUACAAGAUUUAAUAAAUGAAAUUAGAGUUGGUAAUGUUAAUUUAAAAUCAAAGAGAAUUUCACAACAAUGUUUAUUUAGUUUGGUGAUUGGUUAUGAUUAUUUACCAUUCAUUCAAUUGGUUGCAAAUGAAUUGGGACAAAUGAUGAUUCCUUACAUCUAUGAUUUCAAUUACAAUAAUUAUAUUAGAUCACCAUUGGUAUUAUCUUAUAUUUACAGUAUUACAAUUGGUACAAUUCAUUCAACAAAUAUUUACAAUAUAAUAAUGUAUGGUAAUAUAGAAUUAUUAGAACAUUUGGAAUCUUUAAUACCAGAUAAUCAAUUCAUUGAAAUUUCACAUAAUAAAUAUAGUAGUAUAGCUCAAACUUUACCAUUAAAAUCAAAUGAAAGAUUCUCAAGAACUUAUAAAUAUAUUAUUGGUGGUAAUAUUAUUAUUGAUAAUUUUAGUAGUGGUGAUAGUAGUGGUGAUAUUAAUACCAGUGGUAGUAGUAAUAAUAAUAAUAAUAAUAAUAAUAAUAAUAAUAAUAAUAAUAAUAAUAAUAAUAAUAAUAAUAAUAAUAAUAAUAAUAAUAAUAAUAAUAAUAAUAAUAAUAAUAAUAAUAAUAAUAAUAAUAAUGAUAAUGAUAAUAAUGAUAAAUUUACAAAGAGACCAAAUAAAUAUUUAUAUGAUAGCUUUUUAUUUGAUAUGGUUUUAAAAUCAAUUAGAAUUAAUCCAACACAUUCUUUAAAAACUGAUCAACAAUUAAUUGAUAUAAAGUUCUUUAUUGAUAAUACAACUUAUGAUUAUAAUCCAUUCAAUCCUAAUGAUACAGUGAUCACUUUAAAUCAAAUCAAAUUAUUCAAUUGGAUAUUGACAAAUAGACGUUCAGAUCUUUUACAAGGUGGUAGAUGCAAAUUAUCAAAAAGUCAAUUAACUCAGUAUCUCUAUCUCUCUGGUAAUAUGAAUUUAAUUUGGAAUCAUUGUCAAUCACCAAUUAAUAAACAUUCAACUUUAGCAACUACCUUUUCCCCAAAUUCAACAUUAUUCUUUGACAAUUCGGAUUUACUACUUAGAUCAAUUGCUGUUAGAUCCGAUGUUUACACAUUGUCAAUGAUAUUCGAUUCAUUCUUUAAAGAGAAUUAUUAUCCAAGUAAAGAAGAGAAAUCUUCAAUUCUUUAUUUACUGUCGGUUGCUGCACAAGAAGGAUCGAUUCAAAUUUUUGAAUAUUUAUAUUUAAAUCAUCCAUUGGUCUUAUCAAAAAAGUCACAUAAGAAAUCUUUAGCCUCUAGUUGGUAUCUUCAAAGUGAAAUUAAAAAUCAAGUCAUCUUUAAAGCAUUAUCAAAAGAUCAUUUAGAAUUGGUCUUACUCUUAUUGGAGAAUUUUGAAAUUACCCCAAAACAAUUCCUAAAUAAUGUUAUUCCAAAUUCAAUUUGUUUUUCAUUUUUAAAAGAUAAUUAUAAAUAA